UGGUUUAAUUUGAUUAUGCAAUAAACUUAAAACAUGCAUGAAAUGACAAAUCUCUUAAUUGUCUUUUUAUGGUUUGCAAUCAAUUAUAAAAUAAUAAAUGCAUUGAAAACUAAGCCAAAUGUAGUGAUAUUCCUGAGCGACGACUUGGGCUGGAAUGACAUCGGAUAUCACGGCUCACGACACUUGAGUACACCUAAUAUCGACUCCUUGGCCGCCGACGGAAUCAGUUUAAGUCGUUAUUACAGUCAACCCUUAUGUAGUCCAAGUCGUGGAGCACUUCUCACCGGUAUUCAUCCCAUACACAGUGGAACACAAAACUAUGUGCUAUUGGGUGCCGCCCCGUGGGGGUUGCCUCUCAGACACAAACUAUUGCCUCAAUAUCUAAAAGAUUUUGGAUACAGUACUCAUGCGAUCGGGAAAUGGCACUUAGGUUUCUAUCGCAAGGAAUACAUACCAAUCAGUAGAGGCUUUGACUCACACAUAGGCUUUUGGACGGCAUAUGAAGACUAUUACAAUCACUCGAUGUCUGAAAGAGGUUUCGAAGGAUUAGAUUUCAGACAUAAUUUAGAUGUCAUUGAAGACGCCGACGGAAAAUAUUCGACCGAUUAUUACACCGAAAGUGCUGUGAAAUUAAUAUCCGAACACAAUAUUCAUGAACCAUUGUUUCUAUACAUGUCAUAUCAAAAUGUCCACUCGGCUAACAAUCCCUAUGAACUCCAGGCGCCCAAAGAAUUGAUUGAUAAGUUUAGUUAUAUCAAAGACGAGAAUAGGAGAACCUUUGCGGCCACUCUUUACUCAAUGGAUUUGUCGAUCGGAAGGAUUGUCGAAGAAAUGCAUAACAAGAAUAUUCUUAACGAUUCUAUAAUUGUUUUUCUCAGUGAUAACGGCGGAGCUAUCAGUGGUUUUAUGGAGAAUUCUGCUUCAAAUUACCCGUUAAGAGGAACUAAAGGCACUCUAUGGGAAGGGGGUGUAAGAGUUCCCGCAUUUAUAUGGAGUCCAUUAUUGAGAAAAUCUGGUUUUGUGUCCGAUUCCUAUAUACAAGUGAUUGAUUGGUUGCCAACUCUUUUGGAAGCAAUUGAUGGCAAACAUGCAAAUAAUGGCAAUAAAUUAGAUGGCAUUUCGUUGUGGAAAGUAUUGAACGAAGAGAAGUGUCAGAAACAAAACGAAAUGCUCUUAAAUAUUGAUCCCAUUUGGAACAUGUCUUCCAUUAUAAUGAAUGAAUGGAAACUACUUCAGGGAUCAGUUCCUAAGGAUAUAUCUCGUGAUUCAGACCAGUGGUCACAAAGUUAUGAAACCGAAUCUCAAGUAAAGUCUGAAAGGAUUAAUUCAAUUGUAUAUAAAAUAUUACAAAAAGGGAAAAGAAAACCAAAUUUUAAUAUUUUUAAAGAGACGAGAAUUGAUUGUGGAAUUCAUGGGAAGCCUACAAAUUGUGAUUUAACUCAUGAAAUGUGUUUGUUUGACAUCAGAUCAGAUCCGUGUGAAUAUAAUAAUGUGGCAAAACUUUACCCAAAUGUUGUACAAAGACUGUGGGCAAAGAUACUAGAAUACAAUGAAACAGCAGUUCCACCUCUUAAUCUGCCAAUUGAUCCAAACGCUAACCCUAUUUAUCACAACAAUUCAUGGAGUAUUUGGGUUUAUGAUUAA